AUGAACCAUGAAAACAGGACCGCAGAUAGCCCCCAGGACCAGGACAGGGAUACUUCCGUACCCUCGUUGCACAUAGACCCCAUUGCGCUGCAGCCAACCCCAUAUUCUGAGCCGUCCUCACCUUCCCCGUCAUCCUCAUCCCUCCCACGCCGAAGCCGCCUCUUUCUCCAGACUCCGGGUGUUCAUCAAUUGGACUUGAAUCGCCUUAAUGGGCCACCUAACAACAGCCUUCAGCCAUCUUCCGCUUCCACCACUUCCUCAUCCUCCUUCAAUUCGGCUGCACCCAGUCAACAGCACCCGGCCGCCUUCUCCCCCACUAGCCACAUUUCUAUCCACAGUUCAGAAUCCGAUCUCGAUGCUGGCUAUCACCCUGAAAGAUCCAGCGGUAAUGAGGUUGCCCUCCGCAGGCGGAGGCAUACCUCCUUCAACCUGGAUGACCAGCCUUUCGCCCCUGCCCCUAGGUCCCACUCUGGAGCGUCUAAGAGCUCAACAUCCUCCACACGAGAGCGGAUACCAAUUGCUCCAGAGUCACCAGCUCUGUCUUCAGUUGGUUCCAAGAGGUCCUCAGUCGUCCACAAUCGUUCGUCAAUUGCAGGACUACCAGGCGCUGAACAUUCCGGAGGCUGGAUGAGUGGGCUGUCUGAAGUGAUGGCCAAUGUAUCCUCAAGGGUAGUUAAUACGAGAGCUCAGGAACAGCCGCAGAAUCGCUCCUUGAGUUUUACGCAGGGAGAGGCUAGCGAAAGCGAACUAAACGAGCAGCAACGAUCAGGUCAUCGUAACUCUUUUCAUCAAGACACAUCAGUCGUGCCAGAUGUCCCUCCAUGGGUUGCGCCAGCUGGAAAUACCGCUGUAUCUGACCAUGGCUCCUCGAGAAAUUUGAGACGAUCGGGAUCAAAACGAAGUUCAGGGAGCCACGCAGGCGGAACAAACUUGGGUGUCAGGACAUCUCAACAAGGAAACCGUGGACCCCUACAAAGCACGGACAACUCGCGCUCGGGUACAGGAUCGCAUCUGGGAAAGCCCAACUCAGCACACCCAGAGAAGGCGUAUCAGGAGGAUGAGGAGUCACUGUUCACGCCAGGUGGAUUUACACAUCGUGGAUCAGUCAAGAUGCGACUCGAAGGUCGCUCACUCAUGCUGUUCUCUCCGCAAAAUCCGCUUCGACUAUGGCUUGCGUCGAUUCUUAUGUCAAAAUAUACGGACCCAUUUAUUCUUGUAGUUAUUCUCACACAAUGGGUGUUUUUUGUCAUUACGCCCAUGACUCCAGAAACCAAGAAUGUAUUCGGCUCGUACUGGACGCAAUACGGACUAUUAGCAGUGAAUAUUCUUUAUACGCUGGAGAUCCUGGCCAAGGCUAUUGUAUACGGACUUUUUUUCGACUGUAACGGUUUUCAGUGGCGGAAACGACUGCCCAGCGGGAUCCAGCAACUUGUCAGCACAAUAUCCCCAGCCAAAUCAUCUGCUUCUAUAAAGAACUCGAAUUCACUCUCACGCGUCAACAGCGUACGCUCGCAUUCCUCGGCGCUCGAAAAAGCACAAAGUCAAACCAAUCCUUCGGUACCAGUCACGAAAGAAACGACUGAAACACCUGUUCCAGAGGCCGACAAUCGACCAGCGCAUGCUCCGUUCUUUAGAUCGUACUACAAUCGUCUGGAUGGAAUCGUCGUAGCCAGCUACUGGAUCGACUUUGCCUUUAUGAUGACAGGAGUCCAGAAUGUCUAUGUAUUCAAAGCAAUCAGUGCUCUGCGACCACUUCGAUUACUUUCCUUGACCGAGGGAACAUCGACCAUUAUUGAUUCCCUCUCGAUCUCGGCACCCUUAUUGCUCACCAUCCUUGGAUUCAUUUUCUUUUUCUUCUUCAUUUUGAGUCUCAUUGGACUUCUUGUCUUCCAAGGAGCAUUGUCGCGCCGAUGCUCCAUCCAGCAGCCGGAUAAUCCAAGCGUUUGGGUACCUGUGUCGCCUGAAGUAAUUUGUGGAGGAUAUUACAGUAACGGCACCAUCAUGGGCAUUGUCAACUAUAUCGGACAAGGCGACGGAGACGAUUCAUCACCUAGGACAACGGCCAUGAUCUGUCCAGAGGGGCAGAUUUGCAUGCAGUUUCCGGACUAUAAUCCGCUGAAUCUGAUCUCGUUCGACAACUUUUUGUUUUCUCUCCUCACGGUCUUUACGGUCAGCUCCAUGGAAGGCUGGACUGAUGUGCAGUACUGGGUCAUGGACGGUGAUUCGAGAUGGGCGGCCAUAUUCUUUUGCGUGGCGAUCUUUCUCAUGAGUUUUCUAAUGAUUCCGCUCUUCAUCGCCGGUAUAACAUACUCAUUUGGAGCGGUUAGGGCGGAGAAGAGGCACUCAGCGUUCUCAAACAAAACUCGGAACACAAGGGUGCUAUUGGAUACAGCAGAGGGAUGGCAGUUUGAAGAUCAGGUGCUCCAAGUUCGCUCUCCAUUCCGGCAAUGGUUGAUCCGGAUCGUCAACGAUCCUUGGUUCCCUAUUGUUGGUGCUUUCUUGGUCUUUCUGGAUCUACUCGCCAUGUGUUUUCGCCGAUACGACAGCUCGCCUUCAGCGUUGAAAAAGAUUGACAAUGUCGAGCUGGUCUUCACAUUGAUUUUUUUGGUUGAGAUUUGUUUGCGCAUUGCUGGUCAUAGUACAUGGGAACAGUUCUGGAGACGGAAAUCCAACAAGUUUGAUUUGUUUUUGGCUGUUACAACAGCCAUUAUCCUUCUGCCUGUAAUUCAUCGCUGGGAAUGGUUCCGAUACCUCACUGCAUUCCAGGUCAUGAGGGCCUACCGCAUCAUACCUGCAAUCCCAGGAGUCCGGGAAUUGAUGGGCGCAGUCGUUGGAAGUGCCACAGGAAUGCUGAAUUUGCUGCUGAUCACAUUCAUGUUCCUGUUGGUCUGUGCUCCGGUCCCAAUGAUGCUCUUUGGCGGCGACAUGGACGGUGACGAUCCGCAACCCAUCAACUUUGACGAUCUCGGCCAAAGCUUUAUCUCUCUGUUCAUUAUCCUGACGGGCGAAAACUGGGUCAACAUUAUGUACGAUGGACUGAACUCGCAUCCUGAGCGAUACAAGCAAGUCUAUGGCGUCAUAUUUUUCGUUAUCUACUACUGUGCUUCUCAUUACGUUCUUUUGAACCUUUUCAUCGCCAUCGUGCUGGAGCAUUUUGACAUGGAUGACGACGAAAAAUACAAAAAGCAGUUGGAAAUCUACUUCGAGACACAUCAGCGAUCAAAAAUUAAAAAGUCUAUGGGCGCUUUCUACUAUCUUAAUCCAUAUGCAUACCUCCCUGCACGACCACAGACUCUCACCGUCAACGGAUUACCCAUGGACCAAACUGUAUCGAUCCGCAAGAACGUGUUCCGACAGUUUUUAGAGGGCGACACAUUACCUAACACAAACGAAAUAAUGGAGACCAAACCCCCGCUGAUUGUCUGGCUUGAGCGGAUGCGCGACUACUGGUUCCCAACGCAGGCGCAGCUGGAGGCAAUGGAUAGUACAAAGCCCUUGUUAAAAGGCGACCAGUCUGAUUCCAAUUAUCCUGUCGCAGGAGUAUCCGGGUUUGGAAAGGCGCAAGAUGAGAUCGAUGCCAACCUGGAGCGCUUGGAUGCCGGGCUUGAAAAGAUCACUUGGGAUAUGAACCAGCAUUCUGAAGAUCCUCAUGCGACCUCGAAGACGCUCUCCCCUGAAGGUUACCGCAAUGCAAAAGGCAGACAGGAGACGCAUGCGGACGAAGAUCAAGCCGGGAUUCAGGAGUUCCUUGAGGCCCAUCCCGUCUACGAUCGGUCUCUCUUUCUCCUGCCAAGCAACAACCGGUUCAGGCAGUGGUGCCGCCGUCUUGUGGGUCCAAGGAUUGACCGCCAGUUGUCAACCAUGAACCGAUUCAACUGGUUUAUCUUUACAUGUAUCCUGUUGAGCAUUGCUGUCAUUAUCGCCGACGACCCGGUGGAUAGACGAAGGGCCAUGGUCUCAGGAAACACUAAAAGACAGGACAUUCUUGGCGACAUUGACUAUGUCACAACUAUCAUUUUCGUUGUGGAGCAGGGUCUCAGGAUCCUCGCGGAUGGCUUCGUUUUCACACCAACAGGAUAUGUACGGAACUCUUGGAACUUUAUGGACCUUUUUAUUGUCGUUAUGAGUUGCGUGAUGACAUUUACGCAAAUCGACCACCUUUACAGCGUCUCACGAGCCGUCCGAGCACUAUCCUGCCUUCGAGUGCUGCGUAUUAUCCGUUAUUUCGAGGGUGUAUCUGCCAUGUUCAGGGCGAUUGGGAAAGCAUUGCCGAGGAUGGUCGUCGCACUUGUUCUGACGGCGCUAUUAUUUUGGCCCUUCGCGAUCUACGGCGUCAACGUCUACGCCGGAUACUUCUACCUGUGCAACGACCCAACCAUCACGAACAAAGGCGACUGUGUGGGCGAAUUCAUGAAUCCACCCAGCGGGGACGACAAUGGUGAUAUCUUGAUUCCGCGAGUUUGGAGUAAUCCUUACGACUACAGUUUCGAUACUAUCCAGGCCGCAGUGCUGGUGCUCUUUGAGAUGGCCUCACAGGAAGGAUGGGUUUUAGUCUUGCAGUCCGGUCGCGCGGUUCCCGAUUAUCUAGGAGAACAACCGUACAUCCAGCCGGACGAACCCAACCGUUUCAACUCAUUCUACUUUUUGGUCUUCAUGCUGGUCGGCUCGAUCAUCUUUGUGCAAGUCUUUAUCGGUGUUAUCUUGGAGACGUUCAAGACAUGGAACGGAAUCUCGCUCUUGACUGUGGAACAACGUCGCUGGAUCGAUCUCCGGCGGCAGCUUCGGUUGAUCAAGCCGACUGCCACCCCUGCAAGGCCCCAGAAUCGUAUCAGAGCCUUUUGCUACGACCUAGUGAUUGAGAAGAAGGGUAUUCUCUGGCGGAUCAUGACUGUAAUUCUGGUGCUAAACGUAUGCCUGAUAGCCUCGCAGCACUAUGGCCAACCGCAGCUACUGACCGACAUUCAGGAUAUAUCGUACUUCAUCUUCCUGGGCCUUUAUUCAAUGGAAAUCAUGAUCAAAAUUACUGGGUACGGGUUCCACAAAUGGCGGUUGUCGCGCUGGAACCUCUACGACCUUGCCAUUACUACCUUGGCAUUGAUCACACUUAUUCCACGCUUCAUCGGACACGAGCUGUGGACCUUGAGGCUGGAAAAGUUCCUGCUGAUCACCAUAUCGUUUCGAUUGGCGCAAAGAAUCGAUUCUCUUCAAGUCCUUUUCCGGGCAUUGGUGAUUGCAUUGGGAUCUAUCCUCAAUAUCACGGCAGUAUUCAUGGUAGUUUUUACCGUGUAUGCUAUCAUGUUCCGCGAGCUCUUUGGUAUGACGCGUCUCGGCCCCUCGACUACGGGACUUGCCAAUUUUGGCUCGUUCGGGAACACGAUGCUGAUGCUGAUCCGCAUGACUACUGGAGAAAACUGGGACUUUGUUAUGCACGACAUGAUGGUGGAACCGCCCAAUUGUACCCCGAGUAGGACAUCAUAUCUGGACGGUGACUGUGGAUCACAGCCAUGGGCGUAUUUUAUGUUCCUAUCGUUUUACAUUGUUUGCACAUACAUCCUGCUCAACAUGUUUAUCGCCGUCAUUAUCAGCAACUUUUCCUUUGCAUAUCAGCAGGAUUCGCUGACGACCUUGAUUACACGAGAGGAUUUGAGGAACUUCAAAAUGACGUGGGCCAAGUUUGAUCCAAGGGGCACUGGCUACAUUGAUCCCAAGCACCUUUCAAAAUUGCUGCGAUCACUAGAAGGACGAUUUUGCACAAGAGUGUACAAGCAACCAGAGUUCAGUACACCCAACCUUGUCAAGGCAUACUCUUUUUCCUCCAGCCCUUCAGAACAACGUUCCUCAUCAGGCAACGGGGGUCCAAAUCAUCUGCACGCGCCUCCUUCGCCGUCAGCUCAAAACGGAUCCACGUCGCAUCGGUCUGUACUCGGUCUGGGGUCCAAUCGCCGAAUGAAUCGAUUAUCCAUUAGUCCAAGUCUGUCUGCUGCCAAAAGCCCUCAGGGCGCUGGACCUUCUCCAAAGACUGUCCCGAUUACCAUAUCCGAGUCCGAAACUAGCGCAUCAGGUGAAAAGCAGAACAAGCUGGAUGCCCAUCUGGACCUCCAGGGACUUCAGCAGACACUGUCCAGGAUUGACACCAUGGACGUGUACCAUCGUCGAAAGAUCUACAACCUUGUUUACAAGGAAGCGUUGGCGACCUGUACUAGCCGUGGGGUUUCAUUUUACAGCACUUUGGAUAUCCUUUCGUUCACUCUGGUGGAUAUUGAGCAGGCACUUGGCAUGGAGGAGUUUCUGACGCGAAAUGAGCGUGUCAAGGAGGUCAAGGCCGCUGUCGCUCGCGAGACGAUUCAUAACCUGCUCCUCACCAUCGUGGCCCGGCGCAAUUUUUUGAAGCAACGUCGGGCCAAGCAAAACUCGCGGCUGCGCCCAGAGGUGCCUCGGAUCGUCAUCGACACCUCGGUCGGAAACGAACGCCAUUUCCGUCAGGACACUUCACCCAUGCUGAGCUCCUCUCCGAGCGGUCGAUCCUCAUUCAUCCCUUCGCCCAUUCUAGACUUUUCAAAGGGCCAUUCCAGUUUUCCUUCAGAUGAUGAUCUAUCCCCUGUUGGAGUAUAUUCCACUAAUACGAUGCUCUCGAUCGGCUCUAACGAGUCGAAUGGAUGGGAAUCGUACGAGAGGGACUCUUACAAUCGCACGUCUGCACAAUCGGAUAUUUCGGACUACGCGAUGGAUCCGCGGAUGGGAUCCCCAACAUCGGGUUUCGUUUUCGAAGGAUCGACCUGGUUUAACAUGUUGCAGGAUCAGAUAAGAGAGCAAGAUGAAGCCCUGGCAAACCACAACAGCCAUCUCGACUCUCGACGGCACUCUACACAAGGCAAAUGA